AUGAUGAAAGAUUUAAUGUCCCGGAAAUUUGACUUCCAAGACUUGGCCACAGUGACACUUACUCAGACGUGCAGUGCAGUGGUAACUAGACUUGUUGCUGAAAAGCUCUCUGAUCCAGGGAGUUUUACUAUUCCGUGCACUAUUAGAAACUUUGCUUUUGCGAAAGCACUUUGUGAUUUAGGGGCCAGCAUUAAUCUUAUGCCCUUGGUCAUUUAUAAAAGGUUGGGCAUUGGGAGAGCUAGACCCACCUCUAUGUUGUUGCAGCUGGCUGACAGGACUAUGAAGCGUCCAUUUGGGAUCCUUGAUGAUGUACUUAUUCAGUCUGAUGAUGAAGUGUUGACGGUUGAGGAUCCCCUAGCCGCAUGUUUGACGAAUUUGGAGGAAGUGAAUAGUGAGAACUUGGCGGAAUGG